CUGUGCCACGCCGGCGCGGCUCUGGGCGGAACUGGGAGGAGAUCCCGUCGCACUCCGAGCCUUCUCUCAGUGCUCCGCGACAGUCCCUAUGGAGGCCUGCAGGCCUGCGGUGCUGCGCGUGAAACGGAAGCGCAGCGCGGAGCCGGCCGAGGCGCUUGUGCUGGCCUGUAAACGCCUCCGCAGCUGCGAUGUCGACUCGUCGGCCCAGGAGAAGCCAGGGGGGCUGGAGAAAGCGGCGGAGAACAAAGUCUUCCAGUUGGUUGCUACAGUGCACUCCCAGGAGGACCCAAUUCAGCCGCUGGUGCGGGCUGCCCUGCGUCCGUCCAGCAACAGCCAGCAGCGUAUCCGCCGCGACCUCCGUGCCUCGGUUCGCGAGGUCCGGAAAGAGGGUCGCUACAGGAUAGUCUCCAGCCACCGAUCCUCGGGGACCCCUGGCAGCUUGGAGUCUGAGGGCGAGCCGGGGAACGCAGAAGUUGUCGGGGACACAGGCUUCCAGCUGUUGGACCUGAUCCACGAGGAGGGAGACCCAGAGGCCGCUGUCACAGACUACUGCAAAACAUCUGAUCCAGAUGUAAUCCUCUGCAAUUCUGUAGAGUUGAUCCGUGAAAGACUGACUGUAUCUGAGAAUGGACCAGAAGUGGGGCACCAGCAGGAACCAAAGCAUGAUUAUGUGUAUGAUAUAUACUACAUAGAGAUGGCCACUCCUGGGUGGAUUGAGAACAUCCUAUCUGUGCAGCCCUACAAUCAGGAGUGGGAGCUGGUGAAUGACGAUCAGCAACCAGAAGAUACUUAUGAGGAUGAAGAUGAUGAGAACAGUGAAAAUAAUUGGCGCAAUGAGUACCCAGAUGAAGAAAGCAGUGAUGGAGAUGAAGAUUCCAGAGGCUCUGAUGACAGUCUCAGCGAGGAGGAAAGAGGCAGCAGGCAACUGGUGUGGAACAAGUACCCUUUGGAUGUACAGAAGGAAUUUGGCUAUGACAGCCCCCAUGAUCUGGAUUCAGACUGAUGGUCUGAUGAUAUUCAUGAGCUUCUUUCACAGGCCCUUAAAGGCUGACAAGUGUCAUGGGGCCUGAUGAUUCCUAAUUGAACAUAUGGAAAGAAAAGCUACCACCCCAGCACAAUGAAGACUUAAGCUAAAGGUGUCUUUGCCACUUAGUAGGGUUCCUUGGCCUCAACCAAAAGUGGUAAAUGAAGUCAAGCAUGCUGACUAAUGCCUGCAAUUCUAGCACUGGAGAGGCUGGGGACAAGAGGAACACUGAAAGUCCAAGGGCAGCCUGGACAAAUGAAAGUUCCUUCUACUUCCGGACAGAUGUUUUCUGUGGCAUCCUACCUCUGCUGAGCUUGAGGGGAGGAGAGGCUCUGCCUUCAUCAGCAGUAUUUGACUUUCCCUGAUCACCAGGCUGUCUGGAUCCAGUAAAGCCUGUUCCCUUUGAUGGAGGGCAUCUAUAAGGACAGCAGUGGCUUCCUUGCAUUUCCAUAGCCUGGAUAGCAGCAGCUAUCAGGACAGGAAGUAGAAUCUGCCAGAGCUGUGGGAGGUUCCCUACUUCAGACACUGAUAAUGGUUGUAAAUGCUCUCAUCCUUUGGCAGUGGUGCCAAGAAACAAUAUGUAUGUGAUAUUCUUUAAUAAAAACAAUUUUUUUUUUUUUUGAGACAGGUUCUCCCUGUAGCCCCAGCUGUCCUGAGACUCACUAUGUAGACCAGGGUGGCCUUGAACUCACAGAGAUCCACUUGCCUCUGCCUCCCAAGUGCUGGGAUUAAAGGCGUGCACCACCACAACCGGCUAAUAAAAAUGAAUUUUUAACAUGGAAACGAGAUUUUCAAAUCUGGUUACCUUAGGUAUUUUCCCCACAGAAAAAGGAGAGGUUAGUGAGAGCAAAGUUUGAGAAAGAACAUCCUGAACAUCACUUGCUGUUGAGAAAUGUUUACUAUUUAUAGUACUCAUUAAAAACAAAUUAUAGUUGUCCCUCCAUAUAACAUGGGUGGUUGGGUCCAGGACCGCCUGUGGAUACCCAAAUCCACAGAUGCUUAAAUCCCUUACAUAAAAUGACAGUAUUUGCACAUAAUCCAUACAGAUCUUCAGGUUAAAAUCUAAUACAAUGUAAACACUAUGUAAAUUGUUGUUGCACUAUGCUAUUUGAAGAAUGACAAGAAAACUAAUUUCAUACAUGUUUAAUAGCCCCCAAAUAUUUUUGAUCCAGUUAAUUCAAUGGAUGCAAGACCCACACACGGAAGACCCACUGUACUUACCAACAGAAUCAGUUUUGUUAACAGAACUUGGAAACUCUGUCCCUACUCCUAAAUCCCAGCUGCCUUAACCCUAGUAAUGGGUUGUUCUGGUGUAGCAUGUCCACUAGAACUUUCCACAAUGAUGUUUAUAUAUGUACUGUACAGUUGUAGCCAUUAGCCACAUGUGGCUGCUGAGCAAACAUGAUGAGCACAAGGGGAUGGAGAGAUGGCUCAGUGACUAAGAGCACUGACUGCUCUUGCAGAGGACCCAGGUUCGAGUCCCAGCACCUACAUGGCGGCUACAAACAGUCCUUAACUCCAGUUCCAGGGGAAUCCAAAGCCCUCUUCUGACCUCCGUGGCACUGCACGACAUGGGUGCACUCACAUGCAGGCAAUAUGCUCAUAAAGUAAUGAAAAUAAUAUUUUUAAAAAAUGAUUAGCACAACAGAAAAACUAGUUUUUAUUUGGGGUGUCUUGAAAUAGUCUUUGUAACCCAGACCCUACCUUAUAGCCUCCCGAGUGCUGGGAUAGGUGUGAGCUGCUAUACCUGGUUGGGGUUUUGUUUCAUUUUAAUUUAGCUACAUGUGGGUAGUAGUUACUGUAGUGGACACUAAAGGUCUAGGGAAAUAACAUUUAGAACCUUCAAUUCAGCAGAUGCCCUCUUGUCCUGUGAUAGUUCAAUCAUAUGGAAAAGUGAAUUAACACAGAUGCCUUCCUCCUAACAUUUAAAAUUGUUUUACUUGGUGUCUAUUUUAUAAAUCUUUACAUGGAGAUGUAAAAGUGAUAAAAUUUUGUGUAUUCAAGCUCUACUAUUGCAAUUCAUCAAACCAAUAAACGACUCCAUUUUUUUA